AGAGGGAGUGAGAAUUCCUCCUGUUUGUAAGUUAGGCUACCUGUUAACGGGAAACUGGACUCGUGGAACAUAGCGUACAUGUUGUCCAUAUUCUACCCUGUUUUUCCCCUGCAUUUUUGGAAACACGAUAGUGUUGAAAAGAGUAAACCUACAACUCUUCGUUUCUGAACGAAAAAUAACAUCACUGGACAGAAAGUUGUAAAUAGCGACAGCAAAUUAAGGACAUUUCAAAAACAUCCCAAAGGAGUGUGAAAGGAUAACCAGUGUACCAGUUUUAUUCUCUUGUUUGGGAGAUGGCAGAGAAGAAGAAGGGAAGUCCAGGGAUGACCAUCUUUAGCCCCUGUCGCGUGGCUGUCGCUGUCAGUCUGGCGAUGGUGGUAUUAGGGGGCAUCGGUGUGGCCAUCUGGGCCCUAGUCACAUAUUUGAGCAGGACAGAAGACACAGGAUUGUAUGAUGUCCAGGUGAGCUCCACAGACAAGCGUCUCCGAGUCUUUGACUCCGCCCAGCGCAGGUGGAGGCACAUCUGCUCCUCCAGUGCCGACCAACUACUGGCCUCCAUCAGCUGUGAGGAAAUGGGCUUCGUCAGGGUGGUGAAUUUCUCCAGCAUCCAACAAAGUAAUGACCACGAUUUCUUCUGUGUCAAAGAGAAUGAGCUGACCUAUGGCAAAAAGAUUUCCACUGUCCUAUAUCCCUGUGAAUGUGAAACUGGAGAGGUCCUUGCUUUGACUUGCCAAGAUUGCGGUCGUCGUAGCCUGACGGAGGAGCGGAUCGUCGGGGGCGUGGACGCCAAGCAGGGACGUUGGCCCUGGCAGGUCAGCCUGCAGUAUGACGGCGUGCACCAGUGUGGAGGCUCCAUUAUAUCCGACCGCUGGAUAGUCAGUGCUGCCCACUGCUUCCCUGAGCGCUAUCGCCAUGUGGGGAGGUGGCGAGUAAUAUUGGGCUCCAUCUACAACAACCCGACUCAUAAAAACGUGGUCAUCGCUGAGGUGCAGACUGUGGUCUACCAUAGCAGCUACCUGCCCUUCGUUGACCCCAAUGUAGAGGACAACAGCCGAGACAUCGCUGUGUUGGCCCUCACUGCACCGCUACAGUUCACUGACUAUGUUCAGCCAGUGUGCCUGCCAACCCACGGUCAGCGCUUGGUGGAUGGCCAAAUGGGUACAGUAACGGGCUGGGGCAACACUGGAUACUAUGGAGCUCUUGCCAACAUUCUACAAGAAGCCAACGUUCCCAUCAUCAGUGACAUUGUGUGUAACGCCCCAGAUUACUAUGACAACCAGAUCACCACAAGCAUGUUCUGUGCUGGAUUUGAGAAGGGCGGGAUUGAUGCCUGCCAGGGAGACAGUGGUGGCCCCUUUGUGACAGAGGACUGCCUGUCGAAGACCAGACGCUACCGGCUGGUGGGCGUGGUCAGCUGGGGCACUGGCUGUGCCAUGGCCAAGAAGCCCGGAGUCUACACCCGAGUGUCCCGCUUCCUGCCAUGGAUAUCCACCGCUAUGAGGACCUAUGAAGGUAAUCCUGGGGUACAUAAGAUGGCCCGGGUGUGAACUGCCCUGGUGAGAAGUGCUGGGCAACAGUCUGUCAUAUGAGAAAAAAUAUUUUCCUUGAAGGUUCCGGAAACCCCCCUCUGGGAAGAAGCAUAGCAAUCCUUUUUUAGGAACCUGAUCCUAACUCUGGAUUAAUGUUUGAAUGUAAAAUUGUCACAAAAUAUGGAUUUAUGAUCAAUGUAUACAGUAUGUAGUCUGAUAUACAAGUGAAAACAAAAAUCAGCCCAUGUGUUUAUGGAAAGGAAUGUGAUCGUGCCUUGCCAAUUAAGAGCUUGCUUUGCAUGAUGACAUCAGAUCUUGGUAUUACUUGACAAAACUAAACCACAAGGUGUUCUACCAAAAAUUCAGACUCCUGCUGCAGUCUGAGUUGCCAGUGUGUGGUUCAGUAGAUUGUUAGAUAUAAUAUGUAAAAUACGUCAUUCCGAGCGUGUAGUCAUUCAUCCACAGGCAAAAUAAUUUAAUGUAGCAACACCAGAAUGGUGUAUUAAUGAGCAAGGUGUGUUUGUAUACAUACACUGUAAAAGAACAUGUGAAACAAAACAGGACAAUAUACUGGUAGUUUUCCAUUAGUACAAUUUGUGUACAUUUUGUAGGAACUGUCCGAAAUGGAUACAAAUUGAUAAUACCCAUGCCUAUAACUUUGUUGUAAAACACCAUACUGCCUAUCCCUUGGAAACAAGCAAUUGUAAUUGUGCAUUAGGCAACAAUAUAUAAAAGAGUGGGCGCAGUUUCAUUAGGCAUAUUUAAUGUGCCUGAAAGUGCUUUGUUCAGACCUGAUAAAUUACCAAGUGCAAUGUAAGAACCUGACCAACAAAUACAACAAGCUAUGUGUUCAACUUUGAAUAUGUGGUGGUCAGUAAUAAUUGGCCAAUUGACUGUAACAAAAAAAAAAAAACAGAUAAAUGUUUGGAAGAAUUUUGACCAGAGAGUUAACAAAAACAUUUUUGGAGGAGUAACACAACUUUUUAAAAAUAUAUUUUCCUAUUACCUCGCAGUAUGCGCAGUUAUUCAUCCAAGACAUGGUAUCAGUUCAGAACAUUUGGUAUCCAAAUGCUGCUCUCUUUUUUGCCCUUCUGAGAUUUUAGUUAUCAAGUGGUUUCUAGCUCCAGUUUGGUAUUAUUCUAACUUACAUGGCAUACAUCUAGAAUAAUGUCAUGGUAUACAUCUAGAAUAAUGUGGUGGCAUGCAUCUAUGCAUGCCACCACAUUAUUCUAGAAUUUUUUGUUUCAAAUGAGUAGCCCUCUAUAUAAUUUUUGGGCCUUCAGGUAGCCCUCAUUCCCAAAAAGGUUGAAGACCCCUGAUCUAGAAUAAUGUGGUGGCAUGCAUCUAUGUGGUGGCGUACAUCUACUGUAUGUAUGCCAUCACAUUAUUCUAGAUGUAUGCCAUCACAUUAUUCUAGGUGUAGGCCAUGCAAGUUAUCACACAUCUCCCUCAAGAGAUGGUGUCGUCGCAUGUCAUGCCAGUUGUAUGCAAUGCAUUGGUUCCAUGAAAUAGAGGUAUAAGUCUACAUGGCAAUAUUAUGUCUGAUAAUGUCUACACUUACCUUCUAUAAAGAUACUGGUUGCAGACUGGAGCCAUGAACUUGUAUUAUUUUUUGGUUCAAUAAAAAUAAUAUUUUUUUGCUAUUAAUAUUUGUUUUCUAUUGAAACCGCUAAAAGGCCAAAAGAAGGGAAAUUGGGUUCUAAAUAUGUCUGGCACUGCACUUGAACGAAGUUGAAAUUAUGUGGUUGUGCGGUUUCUGGUCAAGAUGCUUCUGUAACAUUUAUUUGACAGUAUUUCUCAUGAACUAUUAUAAUUAUUGUCAAUAUUUAGAGGUUUUGAUUUUGUAAUCAGUACUUUGUUUUCUGUACAUUGUAUAUAUUUGUAGCUCUGUUGUUUAAUUCAGUCUUUCUGACAUGUUCUUUAUGAUUCUUGGUGACUGUAAGUCUGCUCCCAUUUUAUUGAAAGUAGCCUCGUGUACAAUGUACCAUUGUAUUGGUUAGGAUGUUUUGAUACAGUGUACUUCACAUAUCUGUUACAUGUCACUUGUAACCCUGACAACAAAUACAUCUUGUGACAGUAGGCUGUUAUAUGAGAAGUACACUACUUAUUAUUUAAUUCAUGAUGAGCUACACUGCACCAUGGUGUACUCUAAGUACUUUUUCUUUUUUUUUUUAAAGAGGUAGCAUUUUUCUAGCCUGGCACUGCCCCUUUCACUAAAGUCACUGAGUUGAAAGUGGUUUUGUCUUGUGGUCAGAAAUGGCAGUAUACUUCGAAGAUACAUUUAAAUUGUAUCAGCAUGCUGUUUGGUUCGGUCAAACCAGAAAGUCUGCUUUAUUCAUGUGGGGGCUGCUGGACUGUAGCAUACCUCAGCAGACGCUGAGCUGAGCUGCAGUAAGCCAUACCAGGCUAGUUUUUAUCUACAUGUACCCUUCCAGAAUACAAAAAUAGGAGAAAUAUUUUACAUACAUGAUUAUUUCUGUAAACCACAAUCUUGUUUUUCUCUCUCCCUCUCUAUCUGUACCAGUCUUUUAGCAGAGGUUUAAAGUUCAGGUUCAUGAGGAAGCUGUCCCAUAUCAUGGUGCACUAGAGAUUUCAAAAUGAUAUGCCAUUGUGCUUUCAUGGGAGACAUUUUCUGGUCUAGAUAGAUAUCAGUUGCGGUUUACUUUUCUCACAUUUCUCGUUAUCCAUGAAAAAACAAAAAAAAGUCCAUUUGUGAAUGAAUGUAUAUUUUAAGUUUCCUGAAAGGAAUAAUCUAUUGUGAUCUAUUGUUGUUCAUAUCUUACCUGGACUGUGAUAUUAAACACUGUAAAUUUAAAUAAAGUUUUAAUUAAACAUGUA